AUGGCAGUGGUGGUGGGUGGAGAUGACGGCGGUGUUGCUGCCGCCGUGACUACCGUUGCCGUCGUCACCCACUUCUGCCGCCACCACCACCACCACCACCCACCUCCACCCCAGCUGUCUCCCGCCACCACCCCAGUCGUCACCCACCUCCGCCGCUACCAACCGUCACCCACCAUCCACACCUCCGCCCCUGCCGUCACUCGCCACCACCCACUACCCACCACCCCCGACACCACCGCGCCACAGCUGCCACCCACCCCCACCCCCGCCUCCGCCGUCAGCCGCCACCCACCUCCACCACCGACCACCACCGUCGUCGUCACCCACCACCGUCCCCGUCACCCACCACCAUUGUCGUCGCCACCACCUACCUCUGCCCCCGCCACCACCCACCGCCGCCACCCACUGCCACCACCACCGACCAUCGCUACCAUUGCCACCUAUCACCACCCACCACCACCGACUACCGUCACUCAUCACCGAUUUUAUUCCUUCGUCUAUUCUUUCCUACCAAACAACACAAAGUAA